AUGUCCUCUUGUUGAUAAACACCAGAAUUUCCAGAUUUCCAGUGGUUAUAAUUUGCAAAAAUAUUAUUUUAUCUCCAUCUUAAUCCUGUAGUGCACAUUAGUAGCUUUGCUGAGUAAACCUUUUGAAUGUCGUUCUUUUAUUCCUAGUUUGAUGAUGUCAAUGUAUUGGGGUCACCGUGCAACCAGCCUCGAUGUCUCCAGAAGAUGACUCCCAACUCCCAAGCAUGACUAAGCACUUUUCUUUCAUUAUAACAAGAGAACGCUCGAGAAUUGUGGCCGCAGCCUAUUAGCCUGUCGUGAAAUUGCAUUUUAUAUAUUUUCAACGCCUCACAACUUUUAUUCUAUUUCGUGAAUGUUAGUGUACUCCUCAACCUACAUCUACCUAUCAACGCAUUCAUAGGAAGACCAGCUUCCAAAAUGAACAGGAAAUAUGAACGAAAAAUUAGCUCCCUUCCUCCCCUAUCGCCAAACCCUCUUCUAGACAUCAGUGAUGAUGAGCUGGUUUCAAUUUCGGUCAGGGAUCUAAAUCGACAGCUGAAGCUCCGAGGGCUAACCAAAGAGGAGAUUGUGAAGAUGAAGCAGAGACGGAGAACUCUUAAAAAUAGAGGCUAUGCAGCAAGUUGCCGAAUAAAACGAAUUGAGCAGAAAGAUGAACUCGAGACGGAGAAAUCCCAAGAAUUGAGAGAUCUCGAAAUGAUGGAAAAAGAUAACAGUCUUAUCAAAGAAGAAAUAGAGCAAAUUGUCAUCAAAUUUGAAGCUCUGAAAAAAUUUGCGCUGAUGAGGAAAGUGCCUAUUCCACUUGAUCUGGAGUCCUUAAAAAGUGGAUGCUUAUGAUGCUUUUGGAAUACGAUGCUCUUCUGUAAUUAUUGCGGUGGUGGAUGAUCUAGCAUUAGAAGAGAAUUCAAAGUCAAGUGAAACUCUGCCAGCCACUAUUUCACUUGUGGCACCUGAGCUCAAAACUAUCGAUGUCCUUUCAAAGUGUUCAAGUGUAGCCAUUUUGUUCAGUGAUUUAUGGGUAGAGUAAUGUUGAAAUUAGCGUUUUGAUAAUUUUAAAUCAUUUGCCAUCUUCAGGCGAGAGUGCAAAAAAUCUGGAGUUCUUUUCUGAGUUUGAUUUAUUGAUCUCGCUACUCAUUUCCUUCGAGGAGAAAAGGGAUCCACGGAUGACAAGCUAUAUCUGUCAGUGAAUCUUGAAGAUAAAAGUUUUUGUGUUUUGCCCCUCAAACUUGUUUUUGUGUCCCACAAUGGUUUCUAAAGGAGACCCAUCAGUAUAUCAAGACACGCAGUUUUGGUCUCGGGUAGUUCCAGUUUUGUUUCUAUUAAUAAUGCUCUCAUCCUCUGCCUCUGACAUUUGACAUUUCUCUUCUUUCACUCUAUGCAGACUAACAAGCCUGUAUGAGCCAAGGUGAAAAGUUCCUAUCAGUUUGCUUCUGUGCAAAGUUUUCAAGUCGUUCAACCAAAAUGUCUAACUGGUGAUUCUGCCAGCAAAGUAUGUAUUUAUGAAUAUUAUGACAUAAAAAGAAAUUUAAUCAUGAAAUUUAGUCCAAAAAAUCUAAGGUGAACUUCUGUGAAGACUCUCAUAGGUUGCUGUCUUAAUAUUCUUCUAGGUUCUCUUCCAACCAUUGGUCAUUCCUCAGCAAUUCGUUUCCUUUGAUAAGCCUUGUCUCCAAAGAACGCUUUCUCGUGAUUUUUUGCCAUUGAAAGUCGCACUUGCGAAGUGGCGACUAAUAUUGACUAACUCGUUAUUAAAAGCAGUUCCGAGUAGGGUCCUUGUCGAUAGUCCAAGAACUAGUGAGGGAGGAAGGGAAAGCAAAUUGUGUGAUAAUUUGGCAUUCACUCAAUUGUUCUUGUCUGUUCAAUCUGAAUGACUUGCUUUGUGCCAAUUGUCCUCAACUAUUACCUUGAUUGAGUUUAGAUACUCCGUUUUUACUAACUUAUUUUCCUGUGCAAAUUUGUCGCAGGAAUGUAUGAGCCCCGCCUCAUAUAUAUACCCUGCGAUGAAUGUUCAGAGAACUCCUCAAGGAGGCAAGACCUUGAACUAGAGUAAAAUUUUCUCGAGGCUAUCUUAUUACCAAAAUUAUCGUCUAAACCAUUAGAGUCAUGUCCAGGGAGAAGCCACUAUUGUGAUCCCUUGCUGCUGGAAAUCACCACUGAUGGACCCCGGUUUUGUUAAGUUACAUCACAGUGUAAAGUUCCUCAGUUUUCUGAAAAGGGCAGUUUAUUAAAUAGAGACUGAGCUUACAAUUAAUCUCUGAGAUUUGAUUAGCAGAGAUAGUAUGGCACUAAAUCCAUUCUAAGGUCGUAUUGUAUAGGAUUGACCAAGUUGUCUACAUCAAGUAUUGUAAAUAUGUGAGACUUUACUAUUCUUCUGCUAAGUUGUGACAUUUCAUGCAAUUCCUUAUUUUAAACGUAGUUUGUAAGGUAAUUAUUUUUUUUUCAUUUGUGGUACUGGUGUAAAAUUUAUUUUUGUAUCAAAAAUAAAAAAUAAUUUUUAAAUA